GCUGCCAUGUGGUCCAACUUUUUUUUACAGCAGGAGGAGGAUGGGAGAGUAGGUAUGGCUGCAAUGGGUGGGGCAGGAAGUAAGGGUGGGCGUGGUGUGAAAAGGUCAAGGCCCCCUCGAAUGAGUGACAGCCAGGAGGGCAAGAUCAAGCUGGCAUUUUUCAUCACCAUCAUAGGUGUGACUCUGACAGUACUGGGCUUGGGUACAGAGUUCUGGGCAGAGCUUUCCCAGCCAAAACACUUCAGAAACAACCAGACGUGUGAGAUGGCACAUUAUGGCCUUUGGAAAUCAUGUGUGCGCACACUGUGGGUGUCAGAUAUUGACCCAGAGAGAGAGAGCUGUGGACCGGCAGAACUGCCUGGAGAAACCAACUGCACAUUCUUUAAAUUCUACACUUCUGGGGAGAAUGCUGUCAUUUUUCAGAAAUCAACAGAAAAGAGUUUGCAUAUAGCUUCGGCAAUGUUGGCUUUGCUCAGUUUGUUUCUGAUGGUCAUGGGCUCUCUGUGUAUCACCAUGUCCCUCAGUAAGAGUGUGCCCUUCUUCCUCAAGCCUGCUACCGUCUGCUUCGUCCUCUCAGGUAUCCUGGUGCUGUUGUCCAUCAUUGUUUUCCACCAGUCUGUACUGGCCUUACUGGCAAGUGAUCACAGUAUCCCUCUCCAUCAUGAGCUGUCCUGGUCAGUGGCAUGCAUUGGCUCAGCUGGGGCCAUUCUCAUCUUUGGAGGGUUAAUGUUCCUGUUACUUUCCCUCCCCUACAACCCCCUGGAGAAAUGUUUCCAUCAACAGGGCAGUAGCAAUGCCUAACUCUCAGGGGGACUGCUAGUAAGUGAAGUUGCAGAAGAUCUUUUAUACUCUGAUGCUGCUAAAGAAGAUAUAAAUGGAUGUUUUAAAGGACUUGCAAACUGCUGAAUAUAAAGCGUAGCCAAUUUUCAUAAUGUUUUGCCAUAGCUAGCACACUGGCAUUAGAAUUGCUUGUCAAUAAGGUUAGAGAUGUUAAAGGGAUGGUUCACCCAAAAAUGAAAAUUGUCAUCAUUUACUCACUUUCAUGUUGUUCCAAACCCAUAUGACAAAUUGAGAUGUUAGGCAUAAUGUUAACCUCAGUCACAAUUCAUUGUAUUUUUUUCCAUGGAAUGAAAGUGAAUGGUGACCCAGAUUUACACGAUCUGCCUAACAAUUUAUUUUGAGUUCCAGGGAAGAAAAAGGUAUCACGGGAUUAGAACAACAUGAGGGUGAGUAAAUGAUGACAGAAUUUUCAUUUUUGGGUGAACCAUCCCUUUAAUGCAUGUACACUGAUAUUUUUAUGAUGGCUCUGUACAUAAAAUCAGUGACCAACAAAUCUGUUUACUGUCUCUUUAAGUGCCCCAGUUACACAGAGUGCUAUGCUUUUAUGCUUUGUCCUAUUAUCUGCAUUGCUGCUUUGUAUAAGUAGACUGACAUGAUUUCAUGUUGUACAACACUAGAGUUUGUACUACAGUGACUGCUGAUUCUUUCUUUAGAAAUAGGACAUCUUUGCUUUGACUUUAAUCAUAGCUGUCAGUUUAUGCUAGUUAGUGGAUAUUUGGUGGGUGAUCCAGCAUAGCCAUGCUGUUCACUAGCAAAACUUGGCUUACAUACCUGGUCAACCAGCAUGAUCUUUCUGGUGAAGCUGGUUGACCCAAGAAAGUCUUGCUGGUUAAGCAAACCAGUAUCACAAAAUGUAUACUGUUGACCAGCUGCUGAUAUAUAUUUGUUAGCAGGGUUUUCAAUAAACCAAGUAAUCAGUAGACUAGAUACAAUAUUGUCCAUUCAGAGAUUUAUUAGGAUGGUGUAUUAUUUGUACUAAUGUUGAAUUAAGCUAAAUACCAUGCAUAUGAAACAGAUGCAUUUCUAUUACGUGUUUAAAAAUGAUGUAUGAAAAAUAUUGAUGUGGAAUAGCAGACUCUCUGUUGAGCCACAAUUCUGUGUAAAUAAUGUGUUUGUUUAGUGUACUCCAGAAUGUGAGAGACACUGUGAAACUAUUGUCCCUCAACCUCUGUCUUUUAUUUGUUCUUCACUUCCUUGUUUCUGUCUCUCUCUAUUUGUCAAAUUGUUUCUCUUUCUCUCACUUUGCUUUAAGAUUAAAUCUCUUUCACCCAAGAAAGUUUCCUGCAACC